GCGUUUUUCCUCUGGGAUUGCCCCUUUGCAGCCUCCAUCCAGGAGCAGUACUGCGAGAGCCUGACGCCUGCCACCAACCACACUGGUCCCCAGUGCAAUGCCUCAGUAGACCUGAUCGGGACGUGCUGGCCCCGGAGCGCGGUGGGACAGCUGGUGGCUCGGCCCUGCCCCGAGUUCUUCUACGGAGUGCGGUACAACACCACCAAUAAUGGCUACAGGGAGUGCCUUGCCAACGGGAGUUGGGCAGCACGGGUCAACUACUCCCAGUGCCAGGAGAUCCUCAGUGAAGAGAAGAAGAGCAAACUGCACUACCACAUUGCUGUCAUCAUCAACUACCUGGGGCACUGUGUGUCCCUGGGAGCUCUCCUCGUGGCCUUCGUCCUCUUCAUGCGCCUGCGGAGCAUCCGCUGCCUGAGGAACAUCAUCCACUGGAACCUGAUCACAGCCUUCAUCCUGCGCAACGCCACGUGGUUCGUGGUGCAGCUCACCAUGAACCCAGAGGUGCACGAGAGCAACGUGGUUUGGUGCCGCUUGGUCACUGCUGCCUACAACUAUUUCCAUGUCACCAACUUCUUCUGGAUGUUUGGUGAGGGCUGUUACCUGCACACAGCCAUCGUGCUCACCUACUCCACCGACAAACUGCGCAAGUGGAUGUUCAUCUGCAUCGGCUGGUGUAUCCCCUUUCCCAUCAUCGUUGCCUGGGCCAUUGGGAAGCUCUACUACGACAACGAGAAGUGCUGGUUUGGGAAGAGAGCAGGAGUUUAUACUGACUACAUUUAUCAAGGGCCCAUGAUCCUGGUGCUUCUGAUCAACUUCAUCUUUCUCUUCAACAUCGUCCGAAUCCUCAUGACGAAGCUCCGAGCUUCAACCACAUCAGAGACAAUCCAGUACAGGAAAGCAGUCAAGGCCACACUGGUGCUGCUGCCCUUGCUGGGAAUCACCUACAUGCUGUUCUUUGUCAACCCAGGGGAGGAUGAGAUCUCCAGGAUAGUCUUCAUCUACUUCAAUUCCUUUCUGGAGUCCUUCCAGGGCUUCUUUGUCUCUGUCUUCUACUGCUUCCUGAACAGUGAGGUGCGCUCGGCCGUGCGGAAGCGCUGGCAUCGCUGGCAGGACAAACACUCCAUCCGUGCGCGCGUGGCUCGGGCCAUGUCCAUCCCCACGUCCCCCACACGUGUCAGCUUCCACAGCAUCAAGCAGUCCACGGCUGUCUGA